UGCUCCCUGCCCAGGCUGACGCCGGUUAUCCCGGCCUGAAGCCAAGCGAGCGGAACGUCUCCGAAUCCUUAAUCUCGGCCGAGCCGGAUGUAUCGCGCCAUCGCCCACUUCCUCGUCGUCAACUUUCCAGUCUUUCUCCAUCAUCAUCGUCCACAUCACAACCAUGAGCGACUGGCAGCCCGACACAGUGGCCGUGCACGGCCACGCAUCUGUGCCCCUCGAGGGCAUCAACCCCGUUGCGCCAGCGAUCUACUACAGUUCAACGUUCCGUGCCGCUGAUGCGCCGCACUUUGCCGAGAUGGCGUCCAAGACGCGCCAUGCGGGCUUCUACACGCGCUACGGCAACCCGACGCACGAGCAGGCGGCGGCCGUGUUGGCCAAACUCGAGGGCACGGAGGUGGCGAUGCUUACGGCGUCGGGGAUGGGUGCGAUUUCGACUGCCGUUCUUGCCCUCGUCAAGGCGGGCGACCACUGCAUCGCCCAGAGCCGGCACUACAUGGCGACGGCCAAGCUGUUCGACGAGAUGCUCCCAAAGUUUGGGGUGGAAGUCACGAUUGUCGAGCAGUCGGACUUGGGUGCGAUCGAAGCCGCCAUCCGGCCCAACACGCGCCUCAUCUACGUCGAGACGCCGGCGAACCCCACGCUGGUGCUUACGGACCUGGCGGGCGUGGUUGCGCUCGCGCGCCCGCGCGGCAUCCUCACACUGGCGGACAACACGUUCGCUGGCCCUAUCAACUCCCGUCCCGCCGAGCUCGGUGUCGACGUCAUUCUCCACUCGGCGACGAAGAGCUUGGGCGGGCACAGCGACAUCACGGCCGGCGCGAUCUGCACAACGCGCGCGCUCGCCGAAGAGAUGUGGGACACGAGCCUGACGCUCGGCUCGACGCUGUCGCCCAUGGAUGCAUGGCUGCUGCUACGUGGGAUGCGCACGCUCCCGCUGCGCAUGGCACGCAUCAACGAGAACGCGCUCGCGCUCGCCGCGUGGCUCGAGGCGCGCCCCGAAGUCGAGGUCGUGUACUAUCCCAUGCUGCCGUCGCACCCGCAGCACGAGAUCGCCGCUCGCCAGAUGCGCGGCGGCGGGCCUGUCGUCGCGUUCUCCGUGCGCGGAGGGUACGAGCCGACGUCGCGCUUCGUCGCGGGCCUAAAGCUUGCGUCGCAGGCCGUGAGCCUCGGCGGCGUCGAGACGCUCGCGGUGCACACCGCGGCCAUGUGGGCCGGCAGCCUCAACGAGGCGCAGAUGAAGGUCGCGGGCAUCGCGCCCAACUUUGUGCGCAUGAGCGUGGGCAUCGAAGACAUCGAAGAUCUCAAGCGCGACUUUGCGCAGGCGCUCGAGGCGAGCGGUGCCGAGUAGCUAGCUUCAUAGAUCAUAGAGCAUGCAAGGGAUACUUCGGAA